AUGGCGGGAACACUGAAAAGGCUAAAAGUACCAGCUCUGAAUCUCUUUCUGGAAAAGCACCAAUUGGGAAAUAAGAAAAUGAAGAAAAACGAGAAGCUAGUAUUAAUUUCAGCUUGUUUAGCCAAAGCCCAGCUUGACAAAGCAACUAUUGAGCAAGCUGCGAGAAACGUUAACGUGGAAGAAAAUGUUGAUUUUCAUGAUGGCGAACACGAGGAGGAGACAGGGUACGAUGACGAUGACUAUAAUAGUGUUCACGCAGAUGAUACUGAUGGUGAUGACAACAAUGACUGUGGCGACAAAGAGUAUGAUGGCAGCAGCAAAAACUACGAUGUUGUUCUCCAAGAGAUUGGAAGUUCCAGCGAAGAAGAGGGAGACGAUGAUGACUAA